AUGAGCUUGGAAGGUAGAAACCAAAUGCAGAUACUCGUGGAUGGGGAAACCGUAGAGGCACUCGAAGAGAAUUAUAAUAUCCAGGAAACUAUGACUGAAAAUAAUAAAGAAAGAAGUUCAAAUAGUUUUUCGGGACAUAUUCCUAAUGUCCAUGAACAUGGUAAUCCUUAUCCUCGUAUUGGGCUAGAAUUCGAUUCUGCUGAGGAUGUUAAAAAAUUUUACAUAGCCUUUGCAAAGGAACAAGGAUUCGGAAUCCGUACUCGUUCAAGUAAGAAAAACUUAUGCAUAUUUGUAUGCUCUAAUGCUGGUCAACGUAUAUCCAACAAUAUCAGUAACUAUAAAAGUAAUAUAGUCAUGGAAAAAGGUAGGAAUAGGUGCUCAACUUCAAGAACCGAUUGCAAGGCAACACUUAUUACUUCAAAAGCACGGAACAGACAUAAAUGGUCCAUCAUUGGUUUUAAAAAUGAUCAUAACCAUGAUAUGGUAAGCCCAAAGAGUGUGAAGUAUCUUAGAUGUCAUAAAAAAAUGAGUGCAUCAGUAAAGAACCUUGUUGAGAAGUUUAAUCAAGAAGGUUUACCAACAGGGAAAGUUGCUGCCAUGUUCAAUAAGGGAGGUGAGUCAUUCUCUAAUAGAGAUUGUUGGAAUCAUCUUAGAGAUCUUCGAUCUAGAAAUUUAGAUGUUGGAGAUGCUCAAGCAGUAUUCAAUUUCUGUAAGAAAAAACAGGUUGAGAAUUCAAAUUUCUUUUAUGCAAUACAAUGUGACAAUGAUGAUAGGAUGGUUAACUUCUUUUGGGUUGACGCAAGAUCAAGAUCUGCAUAUAGUUUGUUUGGAGAUGUUGUUACAUUUGAUACAACAUACAAAACCAACAAGUAUUGUAUGCCGUUUGCUCCUUUCACUGGGUUGAAUCAUCAUCACCAGUCUAUUUUAUUUGGUUGUGCAUUGUUACAAGAUGAAACAGAGAAGUCCUUCACGUGGCUGUUUGAAAAUUGGCUUGAGGCAAUGGGUGGAAAAAGUCCACUUUCAAUAAUUACUGAUCAAGACAUGGCAAUGAGAGCUGCAAUAUCUAAGGUUUUUCCACAUACUCGACAUCGUUUAUGUUUAUGGCACAUCAGAAAAAAAUUUCCAGAGAAGCUUUCACACAUAUACCAUAAAAGCUCUAAGUUCAAGCGUGAUCUUAAAAGAUGUAUUCGUGAUUCAUCCUGCAUACGCGAUUUUGAAGAUGAUUGGAAUCAUAUAAUGGUCGAAUAUGAUUUGGAGAAAAACGAAUGGCUUCAAGGUUUAUACAAUAUAAGAGAGUCUUGGAUUCCUGUUUAUAAUAGAAAUACUUUUUUUGCCGGGAUGAAUACUACACAAAGGAGUGAAAGCAUCAAUGCUUUUUUUGAUUCUUUUGUUGAUUCAUCAACCACACUGCGAGAUUUUGUAGUAAAUUUUGACAAAGCAGUAGACAGCCGCUAUGAGAAAGAAAGAAAAGAAGACUUUGAAUCUAGGCAUCGCUCACGCAUCUUUAGUGUGAGAUCCAAAAUUGAAGAGCACGCUGCAAGUGUUUAUACAAGAAACAUCUUUAAUAAAUUCAAAGAUGAGCUCACAACGGUUAGUCAAUUUAUAAAGGAAAAAGUUGAAAAAAAUGGAUCUCAAUAUACUUAUAAGGUGUCCAAUUGUUUUAAGUCUCAAGAUUCAUUUACUGUGACUGUGAAUCUUGAUACAAAGGAGGCUAAAUGUGGCUGCCAACUUUAUGAGUUUAUGGGGAUAUUGUGCAGGCAUAUCUUAGUAAUCUAUCAAGCAAAAAAUAUUGUAGAAAUUCCAAAUAACUAUAUUUUACAACGUUGGACAAAAGAUGCUAAUAAGAGCUUUGGAUUUGGUCCAGGUGAAAUAAAAUUGGUAUGCGAGAGUAGUAACUCAACAACUUUGCGAAGUAUGCACGUGCGUAGCCUAACACAGUUGUUAUGUGAUCUUGCUGAAAAAUCAGAGAAAGCUGAAAAAUCAGAGAAAGUAUACAAGUUUAUUUUAUCAGAAUUGGAACAGUUGUAUAAGAAAGCUGCAAUGAUGGAUUAUGAAAUGCAGGGAAGCACAAACACUUUUUCGGAGGAAGUUAAUGAGGAGUAUGAAUUAAAUAUUAGAGAUCCAAUAAUUUCACAAACUAAAGGCCGGAAAAAGGAUGAUGUUAGAGUGUCUCAAUCAGCGAGGAUCAAGAGUAGUUUAGAGUUGUCAAUGAAUCAACUCUCUACCAAAAGACGGUCUUGUCAAAUGUGUGGAGAACAUGGUCAUAAUCGUAGAAGUUGCAAGUUAAAAUUAAGUGAGGAAGAAGUUAAUCUAUCUACUUAA